CGCGGGGUACGGGCGACAGCAGCGCCGUCCAGGGUGUACAGCGGGACCCGAUGGCCGUGUGGGCCGAGCGGCUGGCGGGCGUGCGGGGAGUACUGCUUGACAUCUCCGGCGUGCUGUACGACAGCGGCGCAGGCGGCGGAGCCGCCAUUGCGGGAUCUGUGGAGGCGGUGGCGAGACUGAAGCGGUCCCCAUUGAAGGUGAGAUUCUGUACCAAUGAGUCCCAGAAGUCCCGGAGAGAGCUGGUGGGGCUGCUUCAGCGACUGGGGUUCGACAUCUCAGAAGGAGAGGUGACUGCCCCUGCCCCGGCCACCUGCCAGAUCCUGAAGGAGCGAGGCCUACGGCCACACCUGCUCGUCCAUGACGGGGUCCGCUCAGAAUUUGAUGACAUUGACAUGUCCAACCCAAACUGUGUCGUGAUUGCCGAUGCCGGUGAAAGCUUUUCCUAUAAAAACAUGAACAGAGCCUUCCAAGUGCUAAUGGAGCUGGAAAACCCUGUGCUCAUAUCACUGGGAAAGGGUCGCUACUACAAGGAGACCUCUGGCCUCAUGCUGGAUGUUGGAGGCUACAUGAAGGCACUCGAGUAUGCCUGUGGUAUCGAGGCUGAAGUGGUGGGGAAACCUUCCCCCGAGUUCUUCAAGUCUGCUCUACAAGCCAUCGGGGUGGAAGCUCAUCAGGCCGUCAUGAUUGGUGAUGACAUCGUGGGUGACGUCGGUGGUGCCCAGAAGUGUGGAAUGAGAGCAUUGCAGGUGCGGACCGGGAAAUUCAGGCCCAGUGAUGAGCAUCAUCCAGAGGUAAAGGCUGACGGGUAUGUGGACAACCUUGCCGAGGCUGUGGACCUGCUGCUGCAACACAUGGACAAGUGACAGGCCAUCAGAGCCAGUGGACAAGUACACCACCCUGUGCCCAUGCUUCUUCCCACCACUGUGUCCCCCUCCCCACACUUCCAGGCCCAGGCUACCCAAAGCUCUGCUGGCCCUGCCCUCUGCCCACUGCCAGCAUGGGCGGGUGCAGGAAGUUCUGGGAUGCUUGUCCCUGGGCCAUAGCUGGACAUCCCCUUCCUCAGCCUCCCUCCCCAGCCUCUGGCCUGCUCCCCUCCCUGGCCCAUGCCAUGUUCCCCAUAGUGACAUUCAGGAAGGCAGAAGAGACCUGUUAGUCCUCCAGAAAAUGAAACCCUCGGACAUGGCUGGAAGGUCCCUGUGAGACGGAGUCCCUGAGUUCCUUCAGUUACCAUUCGCACUGGUCCUUCAUUGGCACCCUCCAAUUGGAUGAGACAUGUUGACUCCUCUCUCCGAUGUGAGCGAGGAACCUACAGAAAACCCUGGGGCAUUCCCUGUACAGUCCGGGAAGCCCAGCGCUGAGCCAGCCUACCCACAACUCACAGCCCUACGUGGCUCCAGGCAGAGUGACUGAUUAGCACUCUGCCCCCUACCGCUUCCCUAUGGCAGUCUAAUGCUCUCCCUGUCCCCACGAGCUACCCAGACACGGACAACUUUGGGCAACCGACAACUACCCUCCCACAGAGCAGAAAUGUCCACCUCUACAGUCAAUGCUGCAGGCACAGGAAGUACCGUGGAGUCAGGAUGCACAGACUUGAAUGUGUUGUGCCCAGUGCACAGAACAAACUGACUCAAUAAAUAAUCAACAGUC